CACGAACUGGGACUCCUUGAAUCAUUUCAUAUCCAUACCAUGGCUCCCGCACGAUUUCAGCCGUCGUCUAUCAAAAACAAGAUAAAGAGAGAGGAGGUUUCCCGCAAGCUGAAAAAGACCAAAAGUCGGGCAAAAUUACAGAAACGGCUCGAUCAGGCCAAGGUCGAAGCCAACGACCCAGCAGCAAAGAAAAAACGUAUUUCGGAAAAUGUACCCCGGACGCUCGAUAAUACCCGUGAGGCAGACCCAGCGAUGCUCUCUGCAGCUGGUCCUUCGUCUGCCCAGCACGCAGAAUUCUCUAAUGAUAUCGCAUCCGAUCCUUUUGCGGACUAUUUCAACUUUACGCAGGACCCCACUAUCCCGCCUAAGGUUCUCAUUACUACCUCUGCCAAAGCCUCGAAGGGCACAUAUGAGUUUUGUGAUGAGUUGGUAGGAGUCUUUCCAGGCGCUGAAUUUAUACGACGGAAAAAGGGGAAAGGAUUCGAGAUGGGCCGAAUAGCUGGUUGGGCUGCUGGGCGUGGUUACAAACAUCUGCUUGUUGUGAAUGAGGACAUGAAGAAGCCAAAUGCUAUCACCUUGGUUUAUCUCCCCGAUGGUCCUAUGGCGUACUUCAAGCUUACAUCUAUAGAACUCACAAAACAGAUAUAUGGACAUGCCAGAGCAACACCACACAACCCUGAGCUUGUGCUCAAUAACUUUUCUACUACUCUGGGACACGGUAUUGGACGAAUGUUCCAGACUUUAUUCCCGCCGCUACCUGAAUUUCAAGGGCGACAGGUCGUCGCACUUCACAACCAGCGUGACUUUCUGUUUUUCAGACGUCAUAGAUAUGCUUUCCGCUCGCCUGAGAAAGUUGCUCUGCAAGAAAUCGGGCCUCGCUUCACUCUCAAACUUCGGUGGCUCAAAAGAGGGCUGCCAGCAGUUCAAAACUUUGGAGCAUCACCAGAUGCCCUAGAGAUCAGUACAGGGAUAGAGGAGUUACCUGAACCUGAACCUCUACCUCAGGAAGAAGCGUCCAUACCGGAACAAGACGAGGAAUCGGAAGUGAAGCCGCCUGAACCCCUUCCAGUGCGCAAUCCUCCAAAAGAUAAUGAGUAUAUCUGGCGUUGGAAGCCUGAGCUUGAGACCACAAGGAAAACAUUCUUCUUGUGAUGCAUAUAGAGGUGGAAUAUCAAGUAGUACUUGCUUUAGCUCGUUAUCACCAUCAGCUCUGGGUCACCUUAUUAGCAUCUGUGAUUCCCCGAGAUAAAAGACAUGCAUCGCGCUGGUAUAUAGCGUGACUAUUCGGCAUUGCGACAUCUCUGCACAACAAAGCUCAAAUAAGGCUAUUUUCAU